GUCUACUGGGAACUGGCCCAGGUGAGGGCAGCAGGCCUACUUCUCCUGGUGAUUGUUGUGUGUGGCGGUGGUGGCAGGAGCCAGGACUAAGGGCAAGGGGGAGCCGGGAGCCCCAGGCCCCAGCAUGGCACCGUUCCUGCGCAUCGCCUUCAACACCUAUGAGCUGGGCUCCCUGCAGGCCGCGGAUGAGGCAAGCCAGCCCUUCUGUGCUGUGAAGAUGAAGGAGGCACUCAGCACAGAGCGCGGGAAGACUCUGGUGCAGAAGAAGCCCACCAUGUACCCCGAGUGGAAGUCCACGUUCGACGCCCACAUCUACGAGGGUCGCGUCAUCCAGAUCGUGCUGAUGCGGGCAGCUGAGGAGCCCAUUUCCGAGGUGACAGUGGGCGUGUCCGUGCUGGCCGAGCGCUGCAAGAAGAACAACGGCAAGGCCGAGUUCUGGCUGGACCUGCAACCCCAGGCCAAGGUGUUGAUGUCUGUGCAGUAUUUCCUGGAAGACGGAGAUUGCAAGCAGUCUCUGCGGGGUGAAGACGAAUCCAUGUUCCCAACAAUGAACCGCCGUGGAGCCAUUAAACAGGCCAAGAUCCACUACAUCAAGAACCACGAGUUCAUCGCCACCUUCUUCGGGCAGCCUACCUUCUGUUCUGUGUGCAAAGAAUUUGUUUGGGGUCUCAACAAGCAAGGCUACAAAUGUAGGCAAUGCAACGCCGCCAUCCACAAGAAAUGCAUCGACAAGAUCAUCGGCCGGUGCACCGGCACCGCGACCAAUAGCCGGGACACCAUAUUCCAGAAAGAACGGUUCAACAUCGACAUGCCGCACCGGUUCAAGGUUUACAACUACAUGAGCCCCACCUUCUGUGACCACUGUGGCAGCCUGCUGUGGGGGCUGGUGAAGCAGGGAUUAAAGUGUGAAGACUGUGGCAUGAACGUGCACCAUAAGUGCCAGAAGAAGGUUGCCAACCUCUGUGGCAUCAACCAGAAGCUCUUGGCUGAAGCGUUGAACCAAGUCACCCAGAAAACCCCUCGGAAGCCAGAGACGGAGUCUGCAGAGCCUUUUGGGAUCUACCAGAAUUUUGAGAAAAAACUAGAACUCAUGGGAAAUUUUUCCCUAGCAGACUCUGGGACUUACGGCAAGAUCUGGGAGGGCAGCUCCAAGUGCAAAAUCGAGCACUUCACCUUCCACAAGGUCCUGGGCAAAGGCAGCUUCGGGAAGGUGCUGCUUGCGGAGCUGAAGGGCAAAAAGGAGUUCUUUGCCAUCAAGGCCCUCAAGAAGGACGUGGUUCUGAUCGACGAUGAUGUGGAGUGCACCAUGGUGGAGAAGCGGGUGCUGGCGCUCGCCUGGGAGAACCCCUUCCUCACCCACCUCUACUGCACCUUCCAGACCAAGGAGCACCUGUUCUUCGUGAUGGAGUUCCUCAAUGGGGGGGACCUGAUGUACCACAUCCAGGACAAAGGCCGCUUUGAGCUGUACCGGGCCAUGUUUUAUGCUGCUGAGAUAAUCUGUGGACUCCAGUUUCUACACAGCAAAGGGAUCAUUUAUAGGGACCUCAAGCUGGACAACGUGAUGCUGGACCAGAACGGCCACAUCAAGAUCGCCGACUUCGGGAUGUGCAAAGAGAACAUAUUCUCGGAUAAGAAGGCCAGCACCUUCUGCGGUACCCCUGACUACAUCGCCCCCGAGAUCCUGCAGGGCCUGAAGUACUCCUUCUCCGUGGACUGGUGGUCCUUCGGAGUCCUGCUCUACGAGAUGCUCAUUGGCCAGUCCCCCUUCCACGGUGACGAUGAGGACGAGCUUUUCGAGUCCAUCCGUGUGGACACGCCGCAUUAUCCCCGCUGGAUCACCAAGGAGUCCAAGGAUAUCCUAGAGAAGCUGCUUGAAAGAGACCCAGCCAAGAGGCUGGGAGUGACUGGGAACAUCAAAACCCACCCCUUCUUCAAGACCAUCAACUGGACCCUGCUGGAGAAGCGUCAGGUGGAGCCGCCCUUCAAGCCCAAAGUGAAGUCCCCUGGAGACUACAGCAACUUCGACCAGGAUUUCCUGAAUGAGAAGCCGCGCCUCUCCUACAGCGACAAGAACCUCAUUGACUCCAUGGACCAAACAGCAUUCUCUGGCUUCUCCUUCAUCAAUCCCAAAUUCGAGAGGCUCUUGGAAAACUGAGGCUCACAAACACGCCACCCCAACACCCAUCCCAGCCAAGGAGCCUGGAUCCAUCAGCACUGCCUGCCCACCCAGCCCGGGCAGAGCAGGCUUGGUCCCCCUGCAUCA